CGACAGCACAGCGGUCGAUCGACGACCCGAGGCCAGAGCGCUUCCGACCCGGCCGAAUCUGACGAGCCGAAGCAACCUCCCAACAGGACAUGCCGCACGACGCCAGCAUCUCGAAGCCGGAGAUCGAGAGGCAGCUGCUCAACGAAUUGGCAUGUUCAAGCUGUCCUGUGACUCCUCUGCCGCCUGCUGUCGGUCGCGACGCUGCUUCCGAGAUCCCCGUUGCUACGGAGUCGGCUCUGGCCAAGCUCGGUGCCGGCCGUGGAAAGCCCAAAAAAUCUUGUGCAAAGUGUCGAAGCAGCCCAGACAGCUUUCGAGGACUCGGAAUCGAAGAGUGGAUCGACCUCGAUGCGCAAGCUAUGGCCCGCGAGAGCCUUGGUGCCGAUCCCCGCAGUAUGCAGCGCCAAGGUGGCGAACCAGUCGGGCUGAAGAACCUUGGAGCCACCUGCUACAUCAACUCUCUGCUGCAGAUCUGGUUCCAUGAUCUCAAGUUCCGCAGCUUAAUCUAUGGAUAUCGCCCACUCUACGACAGCGGAGAGACCGAUAUCAUUACGGAGCUCCAGAAGGUGUUUGCCCGACUCGAUCACGGCAUGCGUAAAUGGGCCAACCCAUCUGCGUUCAUCGAGAGCAUUGGAGUCGAUCCAAGUGUGCAGCAGGAUGCACCAGAAUUCUGCAAGCUCUUUAUUUCGCUUGCAAGCCAGCAGCUCAAGAGCCACAUGGUUGAUUUUGAUGGGAACACUAUCAGCGACCGGUUCCAAAGUACAUACGCAUAUGUGACAACGUGCUCUAAAUGUGGCUUUGAAUCACGGAACGAGUCGCCCCAGUUUGAGCUGCAGCUUAACAUCAAGGAUCGAGGCAACCUCCACGAAUUCAUCGAGAGUUACCAGAAACCCGAAACAUUGGCGGACAAGAACCAGUACUUUUGCCCGCAAUGCUACGAAAAACGAGACGCCCUCCGACACACACAGCUGACUCAGUUGCCUACGGUUCUCAACAUCCAACUCUUGCGCUUCAUGUUUGAUGAAAAAACAAUGUCCAAAGUCAAGGUACACUCGACCAUCUGGUUUCCGCUGACACUCAACAUGUCCAGACUGUUGCUCAAGCACGAGCCCGCAGUUUACGAUCUGCAAGCGGUUCUCUUGCACCAAGGAUCUGACGCCUACGGCGGACACUACACCGCCAGUGUAUACGACGCCAGGAAUGAAUCCUGGUUUCAUUUGGACGAUACCGUGGUGAAGCGGAUCGACCCCAUGGCCUUUACCAACUGGGACAACUUCAAGUCGUCGACCAAGACCAAUCCGAACCCACCCGAUGACGGAAAAAGCUUCUGCUCAGAGAAAGUGUACAUGUUGAGCUACAAGCUCAGGAGCGACGCAGGACUCAGCGACGUUGCUUUACCAUUCGACUUGCCAUCGUCCAUCUUGUCUGAAAUCGAGGCCGAUGAUGUACCCCUGAUAUCUCAGAUCGACCAGUAUCAGAAAGAGGAAGACCGGCUGGUAGCCAGCAUUCGUGCCCUUCGCGAUGCGAAGCUAAGCAUCAUCGGAGAAAUGCCAUCGCGAGAGGAGGAUUCGCCGUCGGUCUAUAUACCAACAUUGGAGCUCGAAAGAUGGAUGGAGCUGCCCGAGAUUGUUGGCGGCGAGUUGGUGAGCGGCACCAACACUGUCUUAAACUGCACCUCGCUGCUGUGUGCACACGGCCAUUUUGAUCCGAGCCAAAUCAAAUGCUCCAAGCGAAUAUCGCAGCUCGCCGCGGCAUGUAUCGAAACGAGUGGAUACCAGAUUAAGCCACUGCUUUGCACAAGUGACAUCUGCGGGGUCUGUUGGUCGGAGAAAUGCGAAGAGAUUCGGUGGCACGAGAGUUUUCAGGAAAUGCGAUCGUCCGUCACCAAGGCCUUGCUUGAGAGUGACCCAAAGACAAUGUGGAUCUCCAAGAGAUGGCUCCAAGACAUGAAGAAACGGAAGCCCAACGGGCCGAUUCACCCGAUGGGAAGGCUUGGCGGACCACUGUCCGAUUCAUACCUCAGAGAUGUCUUUUGUGAGCAUAAUGGUCUCGCUAUCAAUCCGUCCGACCGGACGCUUGUCUCGCUGAAGGUCCUGGACAUUAUCCGCAGUUUCUUCCCUGAAACCGACGCGCAUGCCAAGAGCGAAGAUGAGUGUAUUCUCUGUCAAGAGCAACUGUUUCAACAGAACGAAGAGGAGGCACGAUUGGAAAAUAGGGCCAGACUCCAGAAAGGGCCUCUCAGAGGACUCCUUGGUCGCCAAGAACGGCUCCCUGAGGCACAUUCCGAUUAUCGGAUUGUAUCGGACGCUUUCGUCCAGGCCCUGAAGCGAUUCGACCAGAUGAACAUUCCGCCGGAUAUGAGCGCCAGCUCGAUAAGCAUAUUUUGCGACCACGGCGGGCUUCUCUACGACCUUGGCCAUCCUCGCGAUCGGAUGUCCGUUCGGUAUGUGACUGAAGAAGAGUGGACCUUUCUCCAGACCGAAUACCCUUCUUUGGCUGCCGCCCAAGUAACCACUGACAGUAAUGGAUCGCCAAUUGAUGUUUACCCGCCGCCCUGUCACGCCUGCAGGCUCAAGAGGCACCUGCAGUAUAGCUCUGGGUACGUGAAGGUUCGAGUUGCACGCGCCGAUGCUGUCAAAACCAACGUCGAUGCCGAUGCCGACGAUAGAGACGAAGAUGGCGACGAUGAAAUCAAAACUAUGGGACGACGACCGAAUACUAAGCGACAGAAGCUGGAUAGCGUCUAUCGCGGCGCUCGCCCGACGCCAUCGAAUCCCACCGCAACAUGGCAGUCGGCAGGGCCACGAAGGGCCACGAGACUACAAUCGAUGACGUCCCGGGGAUUCAAGCCUGUCCCGAUUCACCCGGGAAUGACAGUCCGCGAUCUCAUGGCAGAGAUUUAUCGCAUAUUCCAUAUUGCGCCAUGCGAUCAGCGACUCCACUUUGGCACGCACCGCAUCAGCUACACCUCGGCUACCAGGCUGACGAUUCCGCCUCCGCUGGUGUUGCCCGGAUGCGAGCUUGCCGAGGACGAGAGCAAACCGACGCCCAAACUUGGAGCUACCGAGAUGCCCAUUGACGUGGACGCCCCGCCGAUGCCUUCAAGCCCUCCAUUUGCGAUCAGGAUUGUGUAUACCGACCGCCAUCUGGCGAUGAUGAGGCGAUGCUGGAAUGCCGACAGCAUCGACCUGGAGCGGUUGCUGCAUCCUUGGAACGACGACGACGACGAUGAUGAUGAUGACAGUGAUGAUAGUGAUGAUGUUGGUGACGGCGGUGGUGGUGGAGUAAUGCAACCGAUCGAGAGCGAUAAGGUUCUGAUCGAUGAUUUCGGCAUUGGGCCAGACGACGAGAUCGACCUUGAGGUCCUGGAGGCCGCGGCAUCAGAGGUGAUUGACCUCAGUGGCGAGACAGACCGCGAGGGUUUCGGCGGCAGCCGGCUGUUGGGGCGCGGCGAGGGUUGGUGACGGCGCGGCAGCCCCAGCCCCAGCCCCAGCACCCGCCCCAGCCCUUGCCCGCCUGGCGCACUGGCUCUUGCGCGGGCGAAAAGCCACUUUCGCCCCGUUCUAAGCCUCACCUCCCGUCGCUCUCGCACACAACCCCAUCGCCGACGGGUAAAUACAUCUUUCGUCUCCUGGU